AUGCCAGGCAUCGACAGGCUGCUGGUGCAGUCUGAUUCUGAGGACUGCUUUGAGAAGCUUGGUCGUUUCGGAUGUUUGGAUGGUGCGCCCUUCCGAGAAAUGAGCUGGUUUCAGAUUGGACUGAAGCUACCGGGAGGGCAAGAAGCAGACAAUAGCACUGGUCCACCCAUGAGUUUCCAGUGGAACGAGGGGCCUGGCUUCGUCCCUCACGUGGAAGGAGCCCUGGUGCAAUCGGCUCGCGCGGUGGCGUGGUCGCCAGCCCAUUCCCUGAUUUUUCGGUCCGUUUUCCCCGGCAGCCGUGGCAACCUUUCGGUGAUUGCGCGAGCUGUUGUGGAGGUCACCGAAGUGGCUUCAGAGGACCGGCUGGACGACAAAGAGACGCUAGGCGACCUGGGCGCAAUCUACGUAUGCGAUGCUUCCGGGACUUUGAUCUCCACCCUGAUGCCCGGACAGAAGGCACUCAUCGAGAGCCCCACCGGUGUGGCGCACUUUCGUAGCAUGUGGGAGCUGUCUGGCUGGGCUGCGGAGGUGGGGAAACAAUACUUCGAGGAGGCGCGUCAGAGUGGCACCUCCAGCUUUCAGGCUGGAACUGUCCAUGUGGCGAUUCGAGCCGUACGCGGCAACCAUCACUUCUUCGUGGUGGCGGCCUCGCAGCGCAACGCCUUCGCGGAUCCCUCCAUGGAGCUGAUCUGCAGCGCGGCGCAGGGCAUCGUCGUUUCACCGUAUCCUGCUGUGGCCAUCGUCCUGGUGCUUUGCUUCAUCUUGAUCCAGAUCAAUGCGAGGCGGAAAAAGAGGCGUGUACAGCCGGAGGAACGGUUGGCACAAGCAGAGAAGAGCUUGGCGAUGUUACGCUCCAGAACCGUCAAGUCCGAGAGGUCGUUGUCAUUGAGAUGACGGCCAUACGGCACCAGGUGUUCCCAGCACAGCCACAGCUGCUCUCACAAACGUGAGCUCGCAGCUGUGUGCAGCGCAGUAGUGGUUGUUUUUUUAGGAUCACCUGGAUAGCUGGGUGCUGCAUCAUUCUACUGUACCAG